UUCCAUAGGAAACUUUUUCUUCCCCAUAAGCUCAAAGAAGAGCUUUUUUACUACCCGUAAAGCCCAAAGAAAGAUUUUUUCCCCCAGUUUGCAUUCAUAGCCCCCAAAGUUAGAAAAUUGAAGAGUUUUUCUGUCUAGUUGCCUUAUUUUUUCCUACACAAUCUUACACUUUUAAGUUUUUCCUACACUAUUUUACUACCCUAUGCCUUAUACUUAUUUUUCACAGAUAGAAAUUGAGAAAGGGAUACAAGAUAGAAAAUUUUGACAGAAGAGAAUUUCGCUGCAGCAUCGGACAUCCUUCCAGUCCGCUUCCUUUUCUCUCGAGGAUAAAACCCCUGCCUGUAAUAAUACAUAUAAAUAUAUAUAUAUAUAUAUUUUCCAUAACACCGGCAUGCCUUUCCACUGGCAGGGCUGACUCAGCACUUUCACCAAAAACUCUGUAAUAAAACUAUUAUUUUCCUUUAUCUUUAGUCCCUAUUACUUUGUCUUUAGUCCCUGUUCAUUUGUCUUUAGUCCCCCCUUUUUUUCAGUCCCCCCUUUUUUUUAGUCCUUUUUUUUUCUUUUUUCUUUAGUCCCUGUUCAUGGCGCCAUUCUGUGGGGCGUUUACCCAACCACCCCCACAGUUCCCCAGAGUUUUCUUGAGUGCGAGCAGCAGGAAAUAUUAGAUAGAAGGAUUUAUUGCGGAGAAUAUCGCAGAGAUAAACAGAUAGAAAAUAAAGGAUAGCCUCGAGAGGGCCUGGAACCUAUUCCAACGGGCCCUGACUGUCUCUGCCCCAGGGUUUUUAUAGAGAUGCCAAGGGGUGGAGCAAAAGACCUCCUCCCCCAGCACAGCCAAGUGCAGACCAUCUCAGACACCUGCACUCAGGCCCGUGGUCUAAUCAUCCUCUAUGUGGACCUGCUGGGUAAAGCCACGAGGAACCCGAGAACGGGCUCCCACACAGGGGCAAGUGAUGAAAUCAGGGCAAAGUCGUGUCAAGGAUUACCUUCCAUAGAAAUCCUGCCCACCUGGCAGUGCCUGGUGCUCCACCAUGAUAGCAUAUUCCCAUCUCUGUCCAUGGCAAAGUCUUUGGGAGAGAUAAAGCUCUAGAUCAGGAGGAGGAAGUCAAAGAUAACACAGUGAAAUUGGGGUGCACCUGAGGUCAGCACUCUCACCUGGAUUGGCCUCUGUCUGCCUCCUGUUCUCCCUCUCCCUCUCUUUCUCUACUAUGACCCUCCUGCCACAGCUGGCACCAUGGGAACCUAUGAGCCAGGAUGUGCUGCCCAACUGCAGAUGAUGGGGAUGAUGAGCAGGCAGAUCUAAUCAUUUAACAGUUAUUCAACACAUACCUAUGCUAGGGUUGAAAACCCACAGCCUACAGGUACCUGCAUUUAUUUUCUGCAUCACCUGCUUCACUAGUCUGUAUCUGUUCUGCAGGGAAACUAUUUCUCCCUCUUGUGCAAAGAAGGACCUUGGGGAUAAGAGAUGGUGAAGCUUCAUGGGCCAGUAUUCUUAAAAUUUGAAGAGUUGUCUGAGAUAUCCACCCCACAAUCCUGGCCCUUGCACCUCUGACUCCUAGUUAUAAGGAAAAGAAGGACUUUAACCAAAGACCACUGUCUCAACCACCCAAAUGCAGCUCAGGAUCUAGCUUCACUCAGAUCUUUUGACUGGGAUGGGCAGAGUAUCCAUCUGUAUUGUAAGCCUUAGGCUAUUUGCACAAGUACCUUGAGCUCAGCCUCUUAUUGGCCCCACAUUGGGCAACAAAGCCAAGCAGCUCACAUUUCACCAGCAGGAUGCCAUGAAACAGACAGAUACCUCCACAAUCAUGGCCAAACUAGUAUCCAAGGACCAAAAUAGCAGUCAGAUGACCACAAGGGCCAGUUUACCACUUUCUGUCCAGAGCCCAGAAGCAGCAGCAGCAGCUAAAAAUAGGCACAAAACCCACACGCUUUGGGAGGAACAGCAGGGACAGCACCAUCCUGACCAGGGACACAAUGAGGUCGCUCCGUUUUAUUUCUGCCAAAGCCUUGGUGUCCCACCCCAAGCUGGCCGAGGAGAGCCUGGACCAUAUAGCCUACAACCUCUACCCACUCCUAUUCAAGGCCAGUUACCUGCUAGAGCAGGCAGAAGUAACCCGUGCUGUGCUGAGUCACUGGCCCCUAGAGGAGUUCCGGCUGGCUGUGCUGCUGGGGCCAAACACUGACCACCCUGAAGACCUGCGUGAUCGUGCCUGCAAGGCCUGCCUGGAGGCCUGUAUGCAGGGCCUCGCUGACCAUGUGCUGCAAAGUGGGAGCGACCGACUUCGGGUAGCUGAUUUCACAGGCAUUCAGGAUGUACAGGUGCAGCAAUGUCCUUGUGGGAGGGCACUAGGAAGGUGGGGCCGUACUAAGGUGCUGGCCAGGACCUGCUGCCAGCUCCAAGGACAGUCCUGUACAGCUAGGUACCCCAUUGAAGUCUUUGCUGACCUCUUUGUCACAGAAGGUAACUUUGACAUGGUGGUGCAGGCCCUGAAGCCAGCAGGCCCAGCCCCUCUGCAGGUCUGCUGCCCUUCACUCCGGGCAGAUAGCCUGAGCCCUGGGCAGCUCCUACAAGUGCUUGGCCUAGCUGGGCCAAGCAAGCUAAGAAAGUUGGAGGUAGUACACAAUGUACGGUUGCAUGCUGGCCAUGUACAGCAGUUACUGGCCCAGGUGGGCUUCCCUCAACUGACCUCACUCACCUUACCCACUAAGGCCUUCGAUGCACCCCCCACCUAUGCCCUAACUCCAGAGGGUGAGGAUCCCCUCCUCACCUCUAUUGCCUGGGAGCUCAGUCGGAUGAACCAGCUCACCGAGCUAAGUGUAGCUUUCUCUACACUGACUGGGAAGAUCCAAACAUUGCUUAGUCCCUUGAAGACCCCACUAAGAGUGCUGGACCUAGCCAACUGUGCCCUUAAUCAUGAAGACAUAUCCUUCUUAGCAGAUUGUAAGCACACUGCCCACUUGGAGGUGCUGGACCUUAGUGGACACAACCUGGUACAUCUGUACCCUUCUACCUUCUUCAGGCUGCUGAGCCAGGCUGCCCAAACACUGAGAGUACUCACCCUAGAGGAGUGCAAUAUCACAGACAACCAUGUUGGAAUGAUGAUUCUGGGCCUCAGCCCUUGCAACCAGCUCCAGGAGUUCAAGUUCUUUGGAAACCCACUGUCAGCCAGUGCUCUCCAGCGCCUUUUUGCUGCACUCUGUGAACUCCCUAGGCUGCAUCACAUUGAGUUCCCAGUGCCAAAGGACUGCUACCCUGAGGGUGCUACCUACCCCCAGGAUGAGCUGUCAGUGUCCAAAUUUGACCAACAGAAAUAUGACAUGAUUGCAGAGGACCUGCGAGCAGUACUGCUUCGAGCUAACCGGGAGGACAUCCAGGCCUCCACCCCUCUUUUUGGAAGUUUUGACCCAGACAUUCAUGAAACCAGCAAUGAACUUGGUACUUUUUUGCUGCAAGCUUUCAAAACUGCUUUGGAAAACUUUUCCAGAGCACUAGAACAAAUGGAGUAGGUGCUAGAACCAUGCUAUAAGAGGCUGUGCAUUUCAACUAGCAUGGUGCCCUGAGGUCAGUCCUGGAUCAGAUCAGGCUCCGCCAUUUGUCACCAGCAACAUCACUGCCACAGAAUUCCUUAGUGAAAACUACAGGCAUACUAAUCACAUGCUCUAAGAGGAGCCCAGAUAUAUAAAUGUGUGUGUGUCAGCACGGCAGGAUCCAAACCGCCUAGAGUGAAGGACCUACCACCAAGGUAGAAGGUGGAGGAGAAUGUGGACACCAGGGAAGGUUGUAGUGGAAGUAGGGUCAACUUGGCUCUGAUGCAGUGAGGGGGUGGAAAUGAGAAAACUCAUGACAGAAAAUGUAUAGAAGCAGCAGCCCAUAAAAAAUAACCAGAGAAAGACACUGAAAAUAAAUGAACCUAACCUCUGAGUCUAGCAGAAACUUAGCUAUGUUCUAUCUGCUGUACUAUUUACCAUAUGACAUCUGCCUACACAGAAAGGUGGGGGAUGCGGAUGGAGAUCAAUUUUCUGUCCGUAGCUAUCUUUGUUUCUAAUCUUGGCAGGGUUGCACCAUCUUUUGGUGAAUGAGAACAUCUAGCUGCUGAAAUAUGCCCAGUAUUUCUUGGAAUAUUCUGACCCUGUUUUCUGCUCUGUGUCCAACCUGAACAGUAUAUGCAGCCACAAGUGUCAGAGGAUAGCUAUGAACAAAAUUAUAAACUUACUUAAGACAUGGAUUAUUUUUAUGAAUUUUUUUUUUUUCGAGACAGGGUUUCUCCAUGCAGCUUUGUGCCUUUCCUAGAACUCAACUCACUCUGUAGCCCAGGUGGGCCUCGAACUCACAGAGAUCCACCUGCCUCUGCCUCCCAAGUGCUGGGAUUAAAGGCAUGUGCCACCACCGCCCAGCUUAUUUUUAUGAAAUUUGUUGUGACUCAAUUAUACAGUUUUCAAGCACAAACUUUAUAGAUGACAACAACAUGCCUAUAAUGCCCUCAAAUCACUGCUCCUCAGAAUGGCUGAGGCCUGGCGCUUUGCAACUCCUUUAAGGAACAAAUCACCACAUGAGGAAGACCUGUUUGGACUUCAUUUCCAGUAUCUGCUUUGCAAAAGUAUUAGUGUAAUUAAAUGCUAAUAAAAUAGUAGUGUGGCUUAACUUAUGUACAGUUUAUUUCAUUAAUAUUCUGAAUUUUAAAAUAUGACAAUUUUCUUGUGACAGAAGUAAAAGCUUAGCUUCAUAACCACCCAUGUGCCAGCAAAGGGUCUACCAUGCUAUCUCCUCCCCCAAGUAAGUCCCCAUACCUGGGUACUUCCAUUUGACCCCUGAACAGCAAUAAAAAUAUGCCACUAACAAUUUCAGUUUAAAAAAACAGAAAGCAGACUUAGGAAAGUGGUCAUGUCACAAACAGUUGAUGUGAUUCUCAUGGAAAAUGUGUCAUUUUAAAAGAUAAACCUUAGAGAAAGCCAUGAAGUGGCCUGUCCAAGAUCACAUGACUGACCAGUGGUAACAGAUACUAGAGCCUAUGUGGCUUCCUUCAAGAAUCUAAUGUAUUAGGAAACAAUCUGAGAAAACUGUUUUAGAUGUACUACAACUAAUAACUUCUCAGAGAUAGUGCUGGUAAUACAGAAAAAAGGCAUGGUAAGUAUCCAUUGAGAAGCUGGAAUCAGCUGGCUUAAGCUGAGGGAGCCUGCUGCCAAUUCUGCAAAGAUGAUUCUGAGAACUUAAUGUGGAAUAAAACAUGAGCACCAGUGCUCCUCAAUCAUUCCAUAACUGAAACGUUUUCUAUAUAAGUACUUUCAAGUUUGUCAUAUUUCUGUUGUUUUUUGAGAUAGGGUUUCUCUGUGUAGCUUUAGAGCCUGUACUAGAACUCACUCUGUAGACCAGGCUGGCCUUGAACUCACAGAGGUCUACCUGCCUCUGCCUCCUGAGUGCUGGGAUUAAAGGCGUGCGCCACCGCCGCCGCCGCCGCCGCCACCUGGCAUGUUUGUCAUAUUUCUAUUCAGAAAGAUAUGCACAGGGUAGACUAUAGGAUCUGAACACAAACUACCCACUUUAUUCACUUCCUGCAUGGCCACUGACAAAUAACCACAUAUAGGUUCCUAGUUCUGGAAAUCAAACACCCAGCUCAGACCCACUCCACAAAAUACUACCCAUGACCUAGGCAGAUUACCGUCUCUUUAUCCUGGCUCCAGAUCCUGUCCUCCAGAAAGUAAGGCUAUGUGGAAGAGCUCAUUUAACAGACUUUAUACUGCAUCCUCUCACAAGGCUAGUACCUAACAGCCUUGUGUCUGGGAACCUGGAUGCUGGGAGUUCCCAGCACUAGUAACUAGUGAGUAGCUCACCACACCUAAACUGCUUGCAGAGUAUGAGUGAUAUCUACCCUUUUUCCUUCCUGUGGGAAUGGAACUGAUAUAUAUCAGAUAGAAAGGUUACAUGAAUAGUCCUCACCCCAUCAAAUCUUGAUAGUCACCAGUGAUCUUUCCUGGGAACCUGUCAUACGUCACAGCUGCCCCUAAACUAAAAAAAUGUUCCCUGUGAUUCCAUAGUGUGAUCCUUGGGGGCUCCACCUGGUUCCCUCUACACUUCAUCUAUAUGCCUUUCCUCUGCUGAUUUUAUCUUUCUUACUAUAACAAAUCCAAGCCCUGAGCAACCACAGGUAUACUUUUAGAAAACUAUGACAAGUCAAAAAACCUGGUUUCUUGGGAAAUUACUAUUUACAAGAUAAAUAAUAGUACUUAGCUCAUAAAACCAGAGUAAGGAUUACAUGAGUUAUGUACAAAGGAUCAAUUCAUAUAAGAUGUAUGUAAGUUAUAAAUACUUUUAAAAUAACGUUAAAAACUGAGACAAUACAUGUGAAAUUAUCAACCCAAGAAUAGUGAUACACAUUUGUAAUCCCAGCACUUGGGAACCUGAGGCAGGAGGAUUGCAUAUAUGAGGCUUACCUGGACUAUGCAGCAACACUCAAAAGAACAGUAAAGAGUCACACAAAUAAAAAGUGACACUAUUGUUUUUAAAUGACAAAUAUUAUUGACUGCAUAUCAUUGCUAAUAAACAUGCUUAUUGAAUACAAGUACAGCUCAAUUCUAAGUAUUCACUGGGGCACCAGCUGGGCAUAAGUAACAUUUGGUGUUUUUUCCUUUGUGAGGGAAAAAAUGUUCCAAACAAUAUAAAUCUUAGUAAUAUAACUACAUUACCCAAUAACCUCUAGAUGGAAUCAGGGAAGGGAGAACAGUAAUUGGAGGAGAGGUAAAAAAUUGACAGAACAUUUCUUAGAGUAAAAAUAGUGUAUUUGAGUUUUAAAUUUUUUCUUUAUCCUAGAACUAAAAUAAAAGGUUGCACUUGUUCUGCUAAAUAUUAGCAGCUCAAAAAUGCUUCAGAAAAACUGAAUCUCUAAUAACUGCAGAGCAU